AGCUAUUACAGAUUUUAAUGUCAGUGUAAAUUAUUUGCAAAAAUUACAGAUUUAUAUUUUUGAAAUUCAAAAGAGAGAUUGCCAAAAGGCAUCGUGAUUUGUUUUUGUCAGUGCCUGACUAGGACGAAAUCCAAUCUCCUGCAACCAGUCCGGCCUGCCAUCUGGGGAUGCCCUACGGCUUGUGCCAAAAACUCAGCGAAACAGUUUCAAAAUUUCAGUUUCUGAAGGGAAAUUAUUGAGGUCCUCGCACCUGUGAAAAUGACGAUUUUGAUGGUGCAGCCACGAUGUAAGGGUUCAGUGAAGCGGAUCAGCUGGCGUCGCUUGCAGAUGCUCCUGCCGCACUCUCUGUCCCUGGAAUCGAUGCCAAAUCCGGUGGACUUGAAGGCUCUGUACCUGAUCCACGAGCGCCUGCAGCAGGAUCUGCUGGGCUGUGAGGCGCUAAUGUCGAUUUUCGCAGCCGCCACCAUGAGCUAUCGCUAUCGGAGCAGGCUGAAACCCUUUCCCCAGCACUGGGCCAGCAUAGAUCAUCUGUGCCACACUCUGAGCGAUGUUCCCCCACUGUGCAUCCUGAACCACGAGCUCAUGCACUGCAAUUACUCGUCCUGCUCCCCCAAUGUGUGCCGCCUGUUGACUGACGUUUUGGUGGAGCAGGGCGAUCGCGUGUCCCUGAGCUCGCUGCGUCCCUGCGAGUUCCCAGAGCUGUACGCCCACCUGGGCAUGCCCGCUCCGCAGCGGGCACCCACGCAGAUCUUUCAGGUGCGAAUGGGGAGGGGAAAUGCCAGGGCUGAGGCCUAUUUCCGUCUCCGCCGGAACCACAUGGAGUCCGUACGACUCGGUUUCUACGGCUGCAAGCUGGAGAAGAUGUACUCGCUGCUGAACGACCAGUACCUGUUGGAUGGCAAGUGCCUCGAGCUGACCAGCAACGUGAACGAGGCCCUGGCUAGGAGCAAGCCCCAGGCCGGCUUGGGUGGCUCCCGGUGUGGCUCCAUCCUGCGUUGCGUGGCCGUGGUGGAGUUCGUGUUCCGCGACAACGAGACCAGUCCGGAUAAGAAGCAUGUCCUAAUCCGGGAGGCGGAAACAAUGCAAAUAUCGUAUCUGAUGCUGUACGGACAGAGUUGCCAGGAGCGCGAGGCCGAGAUGCAAAUGGAGCUGGAGAGGAAGCAGUCGGGCUUGAAAUUGGCCAACUGGAUUGGUGGCUUCGAACAGGGGGCCAUAUCCCUUGGAGUCGGCCUGCUGAUCGUCUCCUCGAUGUCGCAUUAUGGCUUCAACUUCUUCCGACUUCUCGCCCACGCCGGAUUGCAUGUCCUCAAGCGGGGAGUGUUGUGAAAAUUGUCUAAAAUCGUCGAGUUUUAUUGUAUUUUCGUCGCCGUCCCAGUGACCCUGAGAUACUGCAGGGAUUUUUCUUACCAUCUUCAUUUUGCUGUCACUCUGAAGUCGGUAAGAAAACUCCUUGUUGGCAUUUGCAAUGUGCAAAAUGAAAUCGAUUUGUGUCUUA